AGAAUAUUGUAGUACAGGAGACAUAUGAGUGAACUGGUACUAGGAAAAAAUAACCCAAAUAUUUCAGGGUAGCCUAAGGUGAGUGUAUUCCACGGCUAAUUUUGCUCUUUAUAUCCACAUGCUGCAGAAAUCUGUGUUUUAAAUAUUUUGAGCAUCUUAACUAACCUGUUGAGCCAAAAGAUACAGUUUCCACUCUUUUUUUUAUUAUGGCGUAGUUUUAUUACAAGGAAUACUUUUGUAAGUAGAUAUCACGCUUUUACUUUUCCUGCUUAUAAUAGUAAGGCCUUAUUCAUCUCUUUACAAACAUAAACACCGACCACUUGGUUUAUUUAUGAAGAAACACGAGCUAGUCCAUGCAUUUUGUGCUAAGAUGUCAUGAUGUAAACAAGACUACUUCAGUGACAUAAACACACAAUUGUUCUGUUUUUACUUAUAUAUUAAAUUAUGUGGCUAGACACAUAUGUAUAUAUAUAUCUAUAUAUUUCACACAAGAGUAUGAUUUGAUGAGUAGUAUGUACGGACAGACCGUGAAUGAAAUCAAGUCUUAUUAUUGUUAUAAUUGACCAAUGAGAAGGCAACACCUAAGACUUUAUAAAUAAAUGUUGUUGAAAUGAGUGGGAUGAAUAUUUAUUAUUUAAGAACAUAUCUCAAGCACAAGAAUAAUCAUAUAUACGAACAUUUUUGGGUAACGCCUGAUUUACGAUUAUUUCCUAUAAACAUGAGACAUAUAAUAAUGCAACAUGUACACAACAAUUUAAUUUAAUUAGUGUGAAUAACAUUAUUGCAUCUUACAGUGGAGUAUUCUGUCAUCUACAUAUGACAUCAUUAUCACCAUCUUUUACAACUAAUCAAUAGCUCAUGCUUAAUAAAGUAGCCACUCUCGGUUCAAGCACACAAAUUCCACGUGGAACUCUACCAAGUAAUGACAGGAAUUCAGACAAAGUGAAAAUGCCAUUUUUUCGUAAAUCUCGGUCAACUUCAAAAUCACGUCAGAAUGCAACAUCCUCAGCAAUUUGGAGUAACAACAACAACAACAACACUGUUGUCAAUAGUAGCACUUAUACAAGUAACAAUCCAUCAGAACCAAUAGAAUUAUCAUGGGAACAGGUGGUAUCAACUGAUGGCUUUGUAAAACAUUUUCUUAAAGUAUUUUGUGAAAGAGUACGUAAAGGUGAUCAUUUUAAAACAAUUCGAAUUAUUGGAUCAACAACUGCUGGAUUGUGUAUUAAAGAGCUAGUUGAAACAUACUAUUCUAAGUAUGGAACACGUAAUGACUUUUAUUUAUGCGAAAUAAUCGGACGUAUUCAGCCAAUUUCCAAUGUGAAAUCCAGUACACCUGUAUGGUCAUUUAGCGAACAAAAGGUUCGUCGAAUUGAUGCUAAUGAAAAUAUUAUCUCAUUAUUGCAAAAUACCAGUCCUGGAUAUGGAUUAUGCAGAAGAUUAGAGCUUAGACCUGUAGAUGGUAGAAUAAAUACACCUAUGAGUGAAAGUGGGAAUUUAACCUCUUCACAAGUUAGUAUACGUGAUCCUGUAACUUCACCUCAGCUACCAUUAACCUCACCACGGUCUGGUACACCUGUAAAUGGGAUUACUCUGUUUAAAGAUUCACGUCGUGGUAAUUUCUUCAGGGGUGUACAAAUUCCACAAGGACCGCAUUUUCUUUUGUUACGUGGUAAUCAACCAAAUCGUGAUAUGCUAUUACAUGAUCUUACUAAACUUAUCAUUGACAAUACAAUGCAAUCUUUUAUGACAGUUGGUUAUGGUAAACACGCGGAUAUUCGACUUUAUCCUAUACCAUCUGAAGUACGCUCCACUGAAGGAGGGUGCAUCAUUGCAAAAAUUGUUGGAUAUAAUAUUACAUUAAAGACAUCUGAAUCAUCAGUAAAACGAGGACUGGUGUUUCUUGAACCCUGUGAUCCAAAUGAUAAUACUGAUACUGCGGAUAAAACACCAAAUAAUUCUCGCUCUAAGUGCGAUAAUACUGAGAUAUACAUUAAUAACGAUUUAAUUAAACCAUUGUAUGCUGACACCUUUCAAAGGCGUGAACUUCGACCUGGUGACCUUAUCUUUUUUGGAUCACAUAAGCGUGGUUACAUUUAUCUAUUCAAAGAUCCAAGAUGUAUACCAGAUUAUAAAUUAGAAUUGCCAUUCACAACUAAUCAAAAUUUUUUUGAUAGUGGCAAUAAUAAAACACAUGGGAAUGUGAAAAUUCUUAACGCUUCUACUAGUACUGAUGAAAUUGUCACACGAGCGAGUACUGCUGUUAUCGCUACUUCCAGUGAUUCUAAUGAUAAUGGUUGCAAUGGUGCUGGUAAUCCUGAUAUAAAGAAACAGUAUUCAUCACUAGUUCAACGAUUUAACAGUCCGUCGUCGACAUCUACACUUGAAGAAAUGAAAGAUGAAGACAUACGAUCGAUUCCAGGAAUUAAUGAAUUAGAAUGGAUUAUACAACCGUUACUUGUUCAACUGAGACUAACAGAUGGGACCUCUGUAUCAUCCUCUUCAAUUUCACUGUUGUCAUCAUCAAACUCACAGAAAGUUGUAAAUUUGGAUACAUUAGGUACCUGGGAUGCUAUGGAAACCACAAUAUUGGAACCAUGGAGAUCAGCUUGUCUAUUAAGUCUACUGAUUAGAGCUAUUGGAUUAAAUAAACUGCGCAGUAGCACCAUUACCACUACUACUGGUAACAGUGAUAGUAAGACACUGAAGAAUAACUACAUGGAAGAUCUGAUUAAACAAAUUACAUCAAUACUAUCUAAUUAUCAAAAGCGUGCCGAGUUGACUGAAUCCAACAGAGUGGUUUUUCAAUUUUGGCUUAGUUUAUUCUUCUACGAUUUGGCCACCUAUAUUACAUCUGGAUGGUUAACACAUGACAUUAAAUCACCAUCAAUCGUUGUUGACGGCAAAGAUACAACCACAGUUUCAGUCUCAUCGGCAACGACAACAACUUCCAACUCAGAGCAUCGUCAACAGGAUAAUACUAAAUCAGAGUCAUCAUUAAAUCAUUUAUUCGGUGAACUACAAGCUCCUGAAACACUGGUUGAAAUUGAUGAGUUAAGAAAACUAUUGUAUACGCUUGCUGAUCAAAUAAUUGAUAAAUUGGUUAAAACAACAUGUCAUUCUAUCUCACCAUACAUACCUGCUUUAUAUCAAGGCUCCUUGAACAAUUCACCAGUGCGUUCUCAAUCGGAUGAAAUACGUCUUACAUCACCUACAGAAUGGACCAGUGGUAAUAGCAGUAGAAUGGAACUAUCCAGAUGGUUGAACCAAUUAGUUUUGUGUUUUGAUGUAGCCUUCUAUCCGACAGGCGGUUCACCGUUAUCACCACUGCAAAAUGAUGCUGAAAAUCUAUCCAUAAACUCUUCAUCAUUACAGUCUGGUAUGAGUAAUAAAAUUCAAAAUGGAAUGACACAGGAAGAAUUAUAUAAUCAGCAAUAUCAUUAUUCGAAUCCUCCUCCCCCACCUACUCAUCAGCAUCCUCAUCAUCCCCAGCACCAGCAACAACAACAACAACAGCAACAACAAAACCAAUUGACACCGAAUUCAAGAUAUCUUCAGAAGAGAUCAGAAACUAGUGAUUUAAGCAUGUCAGGUGAUUCUGAUGUAGACAAUGAUAUAUUAAUGAUGAAUAAACAUUCAAGGGGCAAAAAAUUAAGCCUACCAGAUGAUGAGGUAUUUUCAACCGAUUACUCUAGACAAAAUACCUUGCAGUCAACUGAAAAUACAGCAAACUAUCCAAUACAUUCUACAAUGAAUCAUAUAGAAUCAGUAUUUUGGCGUCAACUUUUAGCAAAUAUUUCCUAUGAAGUAUUGAAUACUAUACUGUUUACAGGAACAAUUAAAAUUGACUGGGAAACUGGUACACAACUCUUGAAUGGUGUUAACUGGUUAGAUAACUGGUUAAGAUUACGUAAAUUAGAUAAGCAUAAACGUCCAUUGAAUAUGUUAAUGCAAGUUGCAAGUCUGCUAGCUACGCCUAGGCAACAGCUUUUUAAAAUGACGUGGAAUGAUAUGCGAGAGGCUUAUCCUUCUAUUCCGCCUGCCUUAUUGCGUUUCCUGUUGGAAGAAUAUGAAGAUGGUUUAGGCGUGCAGAAUACAAUCAACUGGAGUAUUGAUGAGAAAGAUGCUGCUGUAGUUGAUGAAGACCCUACCGACUUAAUUGAGAUAGCAUUGAAAGGUUGGAAGUCCAAAGAACGCUUGCGUCCAACAAAGUCGAAUCAUCAACAGUCACCUCCUUAUAAACCAAUGGACCCAUACGGUUUAUGCACUCAAAAUACCAUGAAAAAUUGUAUUUAUCAGCUGGAUACAAAACUGGCAUCUAAUCAAUCACCAGUUAUUCAUUUUCGAUGGCAAGAAUUAAUUCGACAGUUUCCCCCACCAAGAGUUAUACCACAGAUUCAUGGAAAUCGUAAUUCUGCCUUUAAUCGAUCAGCAAUACGUCAUAAAUUAGCAGUAACAAAUCGCAAACGAUUGCCAAUAAAAUCGAGUAAUGGUAGAACAAGUGUAUCACCGUUGAUGAUUAAUCAAGGUGCACUUAUAGAGAAUACAGAAUUCUCACCAUUACCCAGUAAAGCGCAAACAAGUCAAUUUUCAAGCUCAAUAAAUUUAACUAAUGGUAUGAAACCGAGACCUUCGAAUGGUGAACCUGUGUGGCGUGGAAAUCCUAUUUCAGAUAUGAACAAUCAACCAACUGGUGGUUUGGAUAAUAAUCAACAAGCGUUUUAUUAUUUAAAAGGAUUAGCUGCUUCCAUUGGUGGAAUUGAUUUAAUUGGUAAUGGCAAUAAUAAUAAUAACAAUAAUAUGUAUCCGGAUUUGAAUUCAUCAUUUGAGCCUAAAUACGCACACCACCGACAGACAGGUAGUAAAAUGAAUUACUAUCCCCAGGAGAAUGUUUAUCAUAGUCAAGUAUUUAAUCGUAAAGCAAUCAGUCCUCAGUGGUCAAGUCAAAUGUUAGACACUAAUAGAACAGAGACACCAAUAUCUCAUUGGUAUUUUGAUCCACGUCUUCAAGGUCCAAAUGGUUUAUCACAAAGCGUAGGAGAUUUUAAUAAUGGUUCAAGACCACCGUCAAAUUUCCCUUCACUCAGCCGCCUAAACAUAGAUCAGUUGAAUGAAACUGCCAAUGACUGGAAACAAUAUCGGAUGUCAUUACUUGGUCAAGGAUUGGAUAAAAUUAGAACAUCAAGAGCCGGUUCUAGGUCGGCUACACCGGGACUGAUGUCAAACCGAAAUGUCAGCAGCAGUAUGUCAAAUCUACCAACAAAUCCUGUUCCUAACCCUUUUAAAAUUCCAGAUGUUACAAUUCAAGAAACAACAGAUAAUAGUUCGGAAAUAGUAAGUGAGUUGGAUAGAGCAAGAGAUACAGAUUCUGAUGCAAUGAGUUCUGUGAAUCUCUUGGAUAUGAAUCCAGAAAGAGGACUUAGUGAUGUGUUGUCGCGAAGCGGUUUGGGGAAUUCAGUGUCCAAUGUAACACUUCAUAAAGAGCCGAAUUCUGGAUUCGGUUUGGUAUUGGUUGAUGGUGAGCGUACUAGUCUUGAUCAGCCUGGCGUAUUUGUGAAAUCUGUUGCUCCAAACAGUGUAGCUGAUAUGAAUGGAACAUUUAGACUAGGGGAUAGAAUUUUAGCAAUCAAUGGACGUGAUCUGACAAGCAUGACAUAUAAGGAUGCUUUAGCUCUGUUGCGGCAAUGUGUAAAUCAGACAACCUUUACCGUACUGCGCUGUAAUUUACCUGAUCCAGAAGCAUUGCUGAAACGUAAAGAUAUCUAA